AGUGGUUCGUCCUUCCUGGAGAAUCUGUUCAGGGACUGGGUGCAGAAGGGCACUGUAAUCAGACUGGACAUCCGACACUGGCUGCACCGCUGGGAUGCUGUUGUCAUUAAACAGAGCCAUGCCAAGUAUGGGGUGUUCAUGAGUGCCCUUGCAGGUUCAGUGCUGGCCUACAACAAGAGCGAUAUGAUGCUCCUAAUCCAGGCAGUCAGGAAGGGCAACCAGGAGUUGUACGGCAAACUUUCAGACGAGGACAUGAUAGCCUUCCUUAAACCUCAUCAAAUCAGGUCCUAUGUCAGACGGAUCACCCGUGGCGUUGAGGAGACAGCUUCAGCAAUUGAGUCCAUCAUUACGGAGUUCAAGGGACCUGCAGGCCUUGACAUUGAUGGAAUCCACCUGUUCAAAUCAGCACAGGCAGUGGAUUCUCAUUGGGCAAUUGCAAGCAAGCAUCUAAGUUGUAUGCAGGACCCCCCUGGCAUACAGCUGUAUGUGUCAGUGAAGGUUGUGGUGCUGAAUGGGGUCUCCCUGAACAAGUACAGGUGUCGGCGAGGCAGUAACUCCUUGGAAGGCUUGCACUCACACCUGUACAAUGCCAUUCCCUCACAGAGAUGUGGAGUUAUGCCAUUCCAAGUGUAUCUGAUUGCAUUUGCUGUGCAGUGGAACAACCGCAUGGAAUCACUCCGUGUUGCAGGUGGUCAUGGCAGGCAGACGUGGUGUACGGACCCGCAGCAGAUUCAGCGCAUGAAUCAGCAGGCUGAGGUGCUCUUCGGUAAAGAGCAUGUCCUCGAGCCUAACUUUGCUGCUCCAAUGCCCUACCCUGCUGUAUACAAGGACCCAGACGAGGUGGAGCUCCUUGGAGUAGAGUAUGCCAUGUGCCAGUCAACCAGCUUUACUUCAAGGGAUUACUAUGCCCAGCAAGUUGAGGAAGAGCAGUCCCGUGAAGAAGAGGAGACGGCUGAACAAAGUGAGGACAAGCUGGCAGAUGAGGGUGUGGACAUGGGUGUAGAGUCAGAGGAGGAUCCUAUGGACGCUGUCAGUGACAAACAUGUCAUCCUCACUCAAUCAGAACAGGUGGAGGAGGAGGACAGUCCUGCUAUGCAGGAUGUGCUGAUGACCCAGAGCCAUCUGCAUCUUCCUGGGCUGGAGGAAGUGGAAGCCUUGGCCCUGCUCCUUUUAGAACUGGCAGACGACAGUGACCGUCACCUAGUGCCAGCUGACCUAAGGCUGAAGAUUGCCACUGCAGUCGCUGCACUGCAUGAGCAUGACCGGUCAGCAGCCAACUUUGUAAAAAGGUAUGAGUCUAGGUGGGGUUACACCCUGUUUGGCAGAUGCUUGGGAGCUGAUACACCUGAGAGCAGAGCCGCACAGAAGACAAAGUUUUCUUGGAUGAGGUACCCUCAGGCAGCCCAGGUGACUGAGGAUAGUCGUCUGUGUUACCUCGUUAUUAAGAUGCUGAAAAACCGGCCACCUGCCAGUCGUCUCACCUCCCCCACUAAAAUCACCAAUGCAAUCAAGGGCCUGUAUAAAAGGAUUGUAGACCGAGUCAGAGACGAUCCCAUUCUUAAUGGUCUCUCCAUUCCUCUGCCCAAUCUGAAUGCCAAGUCCAUCUCUACAUUCAUGGCACGGGAAGAGAAGAAGGCUAACUACAGGGCAACGGUAAUGCCAAAGGUAAAACCCCACCAAAGAGUGCUGUCAGAAGAGCCAAUGCCAGCAGCUCCUACUCUGCCAGAAUCCCUUCCAGCUCCAGAUCGACCUCAGGUUCAGUACCAGAGCCUAUGUCAUGCAGCUGGAAAAAGGCAUGGUCAGAAGCGGAGGAUAGAUGUGGAAGAGUUUGCGAACCGGCCCAUUCAACCUAAACCCCCUGUGGCCACGUACAUCCCACCCAGAGCGUCAAAUGCACCUGUCCUUGUAGUGGUUCCUGCACAGCCACAGGGACCAUCCAUGAUGCUCUGUGGGGCAUCCAGCAGUCAAGGGGUCAUACCUUUCACACCGCCUCCUGCGCUGACAUCCAAACCAAUAAAGCCUCAUAAAUCCACAAAGCCUUGUGGGGCCUGCCAUGUACCCCAGUGUGGUGGGCAGCGUAAGAGAUACACGCCAUCCAAAGACAAGGCUGCUGAAAGUAGCCAAAAAAUAUUUACCUAUUGCCCAGCAACUAGGAAGUCCACCACUUCAGGUUUUGAAGGUGUUGUGUUCAACAGUUUUGAACACUUCAAAAGUGUAGUUGAUGAGGAACUAAAAAAGAAGAAAAAUAACAAUUAGAGAGCCAACUACAUCCCCCAAAUCACAAUACCUGGAUUAGACCUAGUUUACCUCAUCCCCUUUUAUAUAUUGUACACAGUAUUGGGGAAAAUUACUUUUAAAAGUAUUCCAUUAAUGGAAUGCACUGAUUGUAUGUAUAUUGUAUAUAAUUCAAUGUGUACAUGUAUAAAUCUUAAUAAGAAUCCUGUAAAUAAUAACUUAUAGUACCUUUUUAUCUAUUUUCUGCUAAAUUACUUAAUAAUUAAUGUUAAUUCUAUUCUGUUUACAUUGUUACCUGUGUUAUUGUUAUUAUUGUUGUGUUGUUUAUUUAUUUAUGUAGAUAUAUAUUGUUGAACAAAUAAAAAAAGAAUGUUUCCAAAUAUGAUUCCUUUC